CUAAAUCAAUGUAACCCUUAUCUAACAAGAAAUAACCAAAAAAAAAACUCUUUUCUCUUCAUAUCCCUCUUCUCUGUAAGAAAGAAAGUAAACAUGAACACUACUCGGAGAGCAUCAGCUCGAAUCACGUCGGCAGCAUCUCAACGCAGGCAAAAACCAGAGCCAGAACCGGCAGUGAAGAAGUUCAUCAAGAUCAUUCUCCCAACAAUCAUGGAAAAAAUGAUGAAGAUUCCGGCAAGAUUUGUGAGAUUAGGUCCUAAACUCACUGAAACUGUGACUAUCCAAACUCCUGUUGGUUUCAAGCGUCCCAUUCGGAUCAAACGAACCGGUAAUAAGGUUUGGUUGGAAAAGGGUUGGAGUGAGUUUGCAGAGGCUCAUUCUAUUAACGAAGGUCAUUUUCUGUACUUUUGUUACGAAGGGAACUCAAGUUUUCGUGUUAUGAUCUUUGAUGUGUCUGCUUCUGAGAUUGAUUAUCCAAUGGACAAAGUUCAUGUCAUUGAGAGUGAUGAUGAUGAAGUGAUGGAAGCUAUGGAUACUGAUGAUGAAGAAGAAGGGUUUACUAGGGUUGACAGUAGUGAUAAUGAUUCCAGUGAUGCAGAAGCGAUUGACUUGGAAAAUUUGUUGAAGAAGAUGCCAAGAGUUAGCGUCAAGUCUGAGACGAUUACUAUUGAUUAAUGUUGAAGAGACUAAUUCUAUGGAUGAGACUCAAGAAGAUAAGAGAGCCUUGAGGAGUAGUAAGAGAAGUUCUUAAGACUUGUGUUUUUCUGUUGUUGUUUUUCCCCUUCAAAUGUUCUGCAGUUUCUAACCGCAGGGUAGCUAUCUGUUUCUAGCUUCUUAAACAGGCUUGCAUGCUUAAUUUUAGUUACAUAAUGUGUGCUUAUUAUGUAUUAAAUCUAAUAAGUUAAGGCUUAAUUGUAGUAAAAACACAAGUUCUUAAGACUUGUGUUUUUCUGUUGUUGUUUUUCCCCUUCAAAUGUUCUGCAGUUUCUAACCGCAGGGUAGCUAUCUGUUUCUAGCUUCUUAAACAGGCUUGCAUGCUUAAUUUUAGUUACAUAAUGCGUGCUUAUUAUGUAUUAAAUCUAAUAAGUUAAGGCUUAAUUGUAGUAAGAACUUGGCUUGCUUGUGUAAUAUGUAUUGUCUCAUGUUCAAAUGAGUCUGUAUUACGUUUAA